CCGCUUCCGCCUUGCAUAGAAGAAACCCCAACCGUAGGAAUGAAGUAGAAAGACUCAUUAUGGCAUUUCCUUCAUCUCUUUCAGUUCGGAUAGUUACAGAUUUAUAGCGCAGCAUUUUGUCUCGGACUUUAUUAGUGAAUAUGUGAUGCAGCGCAAUGAUAAAAACAGUAUCAAAAAAAAAUUUUAGAGCAAACUUGAAGAGUAUAGCACCUGUCUGGCUCUUUUUCUUGCUUGUCAGCGGGUGGUUUCGCCCUUUAUGAAUUUCAACCGACAGAACCACAGCAUGUCGACAAAGCACAAAAGAGACGUUGAGCAAGCGACUUUAGGUAUAGAGAUUGUGUUCACCAUAGGAACAGAACCCAUCGACCUCGCUAAGAGGACUAUCCUGGUGGGCAACGGGGUCGACGCGGAUGCCACUAGAACGCGUUAGCCCACACAAGGACAAUGAUUAUCCAACCCAACGGAUCCCAUGGACAACCUUUGCGGCUUACGGCGAUUGUAGCCACGUGGUGGCGAUGUAACAGAAGGUUUACAUCAAAUCGAAGACACCGUCCACGAGAAGAAGAACUUUAUUAUCAAGUUAUGCACUUACCGAUCUGCAGCACUGCCCCGGCAGUUUUCCCAACGCAACUAUAAGCGAGCCCAUACAGCAAAAAUUAGACCUUUUCCAGGGAGUAAUGUGUAAAAGAUUGUGUUCGGCCAAACACCUCCAUCCACACCGCUGCCACCACUUACAAUACUAUCUCCUACUUGUCCUCUGAGAAUGCACAUAAGGGCAAGAGGAAGCUACUAUACGUUAUCUUCAAUGCAGAAAUAAAAGUGUAGGUCAUCGUGAGUAUCGGGUUUAGAAUCUGAAGAAAGCCUCAUUUUACGAACACGAAGGGAAAGAAUUAGAUAGGAAUGAGAUAUGCGCUAGUUUCUCUCUGAAUGCAUACAGCAGGUCUGAACCUCUUGUAGUAGGAAUCCCAAAUCACCACUUGAUACUUUGGGAAGAAGGGAAACCGAUUUUCAGUAGUGCAAUCUGAUUUUGUUUGUGUCUAAUAUGUAGAGAUAGAGUGUAAAGCGGCAAGCACACAGACCAGUGGGCUCGCCCCGAACCGUAAUAAUCAGUAUGCGCAUACAGAAAAAAA